CGCUGGCCGUGACGUCUCGUGACGUGACAUUUGAAAUGAGCCGGGAACGUAGCUAGUGAGGAAGACUACGAUGAAGUGAGAGCGAAUCUUUGUGAAAAUGGGGGACCUCGAAGAUAUCAACCACCACAUUCAUGAUAGAAUAACUUCUAUAAAACACAUGCUGGAUCUGUCAGUUAUUGAAUUGCCUCAAAACAAGAUGAAGAAACUUGGACAAGAACUGUUUGCCCUGGAGAGACUUCUGGAGGAGUUUGAAAAAGGUGUUGACCAGCAGAAGGAGCAGCUGAAACAUCUCAAGGAACUUGAUGAGGUUUUCCAGAAGUAUCUGCAGGAUGGUCAGCACAUUAAGGAUAACAUCCCUCCACACAUGCCCCGGAAGAAGGGCCCGCUCAAAGGAAGCGAACCUGCAAUAAAUCAGAAAGAAGCUGUUGAGGUUCCGCCAGCAGAAAAAAAACACAGCAAGAGUUUUGUCAGAGAGAUGGAGUUCGUCACUAUGCCAGAGUUUGAGAGCAUCCCUCAGUACAUGAAAGGACGUGUGACAUAUGAGCAGCUCAAUGCAGCAGUGGAGAGCAUCAAUGCUGCUGUAGCAGCCAAGUACAAGAUUGUGCAUCAGUCCAUCAAAACACUCAACAAUCACUCACGAAAGCUGCACCAGCGCUUUAAGGACCAAGAGACCAAAGAUACAAAAGGUCAGUAUUUUGUUGUGGAGGAUGACAUUCGUGAAUUUACCCAGAUGAAGGUGGACAAACGCUUUCAGGGGAUUCUGAACAUGCUGCGACACUGUCAGCGCCUGCGGGAGCUCCGAGGGGGAGGACUCACCCGCUACAUGCUGUUAUGAAAAAGACGCUUUCAGUUAGUUUUUCCUUUUCUCUAGUACACUGCCAUAUUUGUAAAUGCUUACAUGGGUAAAUGUCAGAUGUUGUGAUAGGUAGACAUACCAAACAUUUCACACGCUUCUGGUAUAUAUAUGUUUGCGUACUUAAACUUCUAUGUGUAUCUUGUAUUGUCAUAUAGUGUCAUAAUAAAUACUAGUAAUAAUA